AUGGAUAGUCAGAAAAACAUUACCAGCCCCGAAGAGUACAAAGCUGCUCGAUCUCGUCUUCUUCAGAAGGAGAAAGCAGCAACUCACCUGCUUCAGGAGCUAGCCGAGUUGCGCCGUGAGUUGCCCAUGGUGCGCAUCCACGACCCAGCUCGGUUCCAAUUCGACACACCUGACGGAGUGAAGAGCCUAUUGGAUCUAUUUAAUGGGCACAAGCAGCUAAUACUUUACCAUUUUAUGCUGGGGCCCCAGGAGACUCAGGGCUGCGUGGGUUGCUCAUUUUGUAUGGACCAUAUCCCCGAUCUCCGCCACCUGUCAAGUAGGGAUACAUCUUUCGCCGCCGUAGCCACCGCGCCCUUGUCUGAAAUCUCCGCCUACAGAACCCGGAUGGGCUGGAAGUUUCCUUUUUUCAGUUCCGCGAGAACGCAUAAGACGUGGGCCGAACUUGAGGCACAAGGAGAGACUAUCACCUGGAAGCCCGGGAACGGCUACUUUGGUCUAUGCUCGUUCUUCCGGGAAGGUGACGAGGUUUUUCAUACCUAUGAGACCUCAUCCCGUGGAUUAGAGAUUAUCCUAUCCACCUAUCAUUUAUUGGAUAUGACCUUGAUGGGUCGGCAGGAAGCGGGAAAUGGAAUGAACAACUUCCGCCGUCAUGAUGAAUACUAA